UCGAAAUUGGAAAUUCAUUCUCUACUGAGCGCCGUGUAUUCAGUUUUCCAAAGUUUCUUUUGGAAGAAAAAAAUGGAAGCCAUCAGACGAAAAUUGGAUGAGGCAGAUGACAUCGCCAAGGUUAUCGAUUUAAUGCAGAAUUUGAGCAUUCCAACUAAAGGAUGCAAAAACAUCGAGGACAUGAAGGAAAGGAUUCUCGCUCAUCUAAGCUCUCGAAAAGAUAACCGCUUGGCCUGCAAUGAGGCCUUUAAGGUGAUUUCAGAGGCACAAUCAAUGGACAAGGAAAAGUCAUUAGCCCUUCUUGAUUAUUACGCUAAGGUGGAGAGGGAAAUACAGGGCCUUGACGCUACAGUCCUUGAUUUGUUGAAAACAAGCGAAGGCGACGUCUUUUCUAAGAUCAAGACAAGAAUAAAAAGAAUGCAAGACAGAGAUUAUGUUCUUCUCGUCGCAGGCGAGACCAGUGCAGGCAAAAGCAGCAUGUUGAACCUAAUUCUUGGUGAGGAGCUUUUGCCAUUUUCUGUUUUGAGUACAACAUCAACAAUUUGUGAAUUGAAAUAUGGAAGAGAGAAAAGGAUAAAGAUACACUAUAAAGAAGAAGGAAAGGCUCCACAGAUAAAGCAUCUUAACGAAUCCUCGCCCUACAUGGAUCAAAUAUCAGAAUUUGUUCAUGUCAAGUCUGCAAGUUUAAGAGAAAAGGCAUCGAGCUACAAAGAAGUGGAACUGUUUUGGCCUCACAGAUUAUUACAGGACGGUGUCGUGAUCGUUGACAGCCCUGGCGUCGGGGAGUCUGAGAUUAUGGACGACAUUGUUGUGAGCUACUUACCAAAUGCCUUUGCUUUCAUCUAUGUCAUCAACAGCAGCAAUGCUGGCGGAGUUCAAAGAGAUCGGCUUGUUAGACUUCUGCACAAAACGAGGGAACUCACGACUGAACAGCAAAUGGAAUUCUCACCAAACUGCACUUUGUUCGUUUGCAACAAGUGGGACACCAUACCAACCUCAGAGGGAGAUGUGGUCAUAGCGCACAUAAUCAACAAGUUGAGUCAGUGUUUGCCAGAUCUAGACACAAAUACUCAUAUUAUUCGCCUUUCAACCACUAAAGCUCUUGCGGCCCAGAAGUUUGGAGUCAUGAAUUCAGAAUUUGCCUCACUUACAGACAAGAUUGGCUGUCUGGUUUCGAAAAGCAUCGAAACAAGACUUGAACAACAUUGGAGCUGGUUAGAUCGUUUGUUGUCUCGAAUAAUCUGGCUGAUGAGUACAUUAAUAAGUCAUAUCUCCACUGACCAUGUGGCUGCAAGAGAUAGAUUAAAUGCUGUGAUAGAGAGGCUGGGGAAACUUCAAGCGGAACAAGAAUCAUCGAAGAAGGAAAUGACGCAAUGUCUUAAAGCGAGAAUUCGUCAGGCGAUGAGCACCUUAAUCGACCACCUAAAGACUCCCCAAGUGGUAGAGAUGUUUUGUAAGUGGAACUCUGACGAACUUCCAGCUGUCGAGAAUUCAUGGGAAGUUACUGAGGCUGUCCUCGUUAAGCUUCUUCAAGGAAGAUUACAGAUGUUGAUUGAAGAAUGGGAGGAAGAACAGCAAAGGUUUACGGAGGCACGGAAAUCAGUCAUCAAAGAGUUCCUUGAAAAAUACAAUUAUCUGGAGGGAGAGCUUCGCAACGUGGAAGUCAAUAUCAUACAAGUACAAGUAGAUGUUGAAGAAAAAACGGCAAGCGAAAGUGUAGAGGAUCAAGUUUUCAAAAGCUUUGACAACUUUUCCCUUCUAUUUGAAGAUAAACUUUUUCUUGGAAUAAUGAUUCCUUUCAUGCUUCCAGCUGCUCUUGUUGGAGUUGCGUUGUCUGUUCCAGUAACACUGCUUUGCCUUCCAAUUUUGGGAGCUAAAUCUAUUGCUGACAACAUCAAAGAAGCAAAAAAGAAGAGUGCAUACAAUAAAGAUCGCGCUGAGUACGUACGAAUCAUGUCACAAAAGUUUCUGGCGAAAGCUGCAACCUUCGAGGCGCUAAAGCCAUUGGUCAAAGUGCAAUUGGAGCUAGCUGGAAACACCCUAAUUGACCUGCAAGCGAGAAUCCCCAUGCUUGUUGAAGCCGAUGUAAAACUUUGUCAGCAACUUCUAAAGGAGGCACAAAGCAAGAAGGAUACUGAAACUCGCUACAAGCCCUGUAGAGACAAAUGCAAGCGUUUGCGCGGUGAGCUCGCGCUGUUUGGUUCUCUAGAAAUUCGGAGCAUGCGGCUCGCUUGGGAUGACCUCUUUUGGUAUGUCAGCGAGGAUGUCUACUUGAAGCGACCAAUGGAACCUGGGCUCUACCAAGGGCGCAUUUCUAAGGGAAGGUACUCAUCAAGUGGCCAAGUAACCUUUAAAGUGUACAGGGAACUGCUAACCAGCAGCAAUAUUACUGAGUGUUUGGCAGACGAAGCAAACCUGAGGAGGCUUUGCCAUCCUCGCAUAGUCACGUUUUACGGUGCUGUUUUCAGAAAGGUUCCAAGAGGUUUAGAAGCAGCUUUUGUAACUGAGUGUCCAGGAGUUGACUUAAAGUACUAUCUGAUCGAUCAACCUGGAAAUUGUCCUGCAAAGAAUCCUAUAACGAAGAUGGGCGUGAUUCGCUGGGCAGCCCAAGUCGUCGAAGCACUGCUGUCCAUCUAUAGCAUGUUUGACGGAUGUGUUCACGGUGACCUUCGGUUGAAAAACGUUUUGCUUGACGGUCCCAAUCUCCGUGAUAUUAAGUUGAGCAACAUCUCCCUCAGGAGGCGGCUGACCAUCGAACAUGGAUCAAAGUGUGAUGCAUUUCUUCAUCUUCCGCCAGAAGCUGUGCGAAAUAGAAACUACAAUUCCUCUUCAGAGAUUUACUCCCUCGGGAUCUUGUUCUGGGAAAUGUGGUACGGCAAAGAAGCCUUUGACGAUCUCAAAGGUCAAAAGAUGGAAGAAUUUUUAUCAAGCGUAGAAGGAGGCCAUCGUCCCGACCUAACAGGUAUCACAACUCAGACAUCAGUCAUGUGGAUUGGCCUCAUUUCUGGCUGCUGGGAGAAGACAGCCUCAGAAAGAAGUAGCCUCGCAGAUUGUAAGUCAACUAUCGAGGAAAUUUUAGCUAGUCAAAAAUAGAGUCUAUCCCGGAAAAUAGUUACAUGAUACUUCAACUGGAUGUAAAAUGGAAAAACAAACUUAAAGUUCAAGAGGGCAUUGAAAGCAACUUGGGACACAAAGCUGGAUUAGCCUCAAACUUUGAAGUUAACUACACUUUGAAAGUUUCAGUCAUAUCCUUUGUAUCAAAUCACAGACAUUAUCUUCUAAACUAAAAGAGUCUCUAAAUUUUUGGUUUAAACCAGUUUUAAUUAAUUCUGUGAUGGGGACUUUUUUAACAUCAUGUUGGGCAAGUCCCUACACUUAGUGAAUACUUCAUAGCUUUUUUCCUAACUGUUAACUAACUAAAAUACUGAGGUCAUCCAC